UAUUCUACCGCUAUUAAAGGAUCAUCACUAAUUAAUAUAUUGGAAUCCCAUAUAAAAAAGGUGAACGAUCCUUUCUUUUCUACCAAAAGAAAGAAUCACUAUAACUUUUUCCUUUUUUCCAAAAGAAAGAACCAGUAGAAAAUGGCAAACAAGGUAGCUGCGGUAUUGGUUAUGUGCCUUGUUGUUGUUACCCUGUUCGAGCUUCCAAUGCAGGCUGAAGGUGACAAAUUUGGUUCUUGCUUCAACAACUGUGAAAAGGAAUGUAUAGCUGGUGGAAUGAGCCAGAGCGAUUGCGAGAUGAAGUGUGACACCGAUUGCUUCAAUAAAGAUGUCGCUGCAAGGGUAGAAGCGGCAGAGUUGGCACCAGGGGCAGUGCCAAAGCAGCAUUCGUAGUGGGGUCAAUUGACCAAGUCAACUUUUAAAAAUAUAUUUAUAAAGUAUACUCGGUUGGAUAGAUAUCAUGGAAUCAAAAUGAGGAUGAUAUAAUAAUUAUGGAAGAAUUUAUUUAUUUCUCUUGUUAUAUGUAACUAGUUAUGUGCCGGCACAUUGUAUACUCUUAUUUUUAAAUAUUCAAAUAAUAUUGUUUGAAUGAUAUAAUAAA